AUGCCGGACUGCAAUGCCGAAGGGGUAGCGAGCACCUGGCAGCUACCCACCCUGGAUGAAGAGCUCCACUGGUCGAGCACCCUGGUGGAGAGGGCCGCCAGGACUGAAACUGGAAUGUAUAAACACACCUCCUCUACAGAGGUGGCGUACAUUUUGAAGAGGGUCGAGGAGGAUAAGGCCGCCCGUCUCACGGAGAUGGAGAAGGCCGCAAAGGCUAGGAAGGGCAAGGGGAAAGCUGAGGACAUGAGUUCUUCCCAUGGCAGUAGCGAGGCGCAAACUACGGAAGGGGAUGCUGGGGAAGAGCUUGCCGGGGAUAACUUUGCCGGGCUAGAGGCUCUAGCCGCGGCAGCAACGGAGCUUCAGGAGGAGGAGAAUGCUGGUGAGGCGGCGGUGCUCGAUGAGGAGUGGCUUGCGGCUGGGCCGCAAUCUCCCGAGCCAGACCCAGAACAGCGCACCCGCAGGCGCACCGCUACCCGAGGGGCGGCGGCCUCCAACCCAACGCCAACUGCCAAGAGGGUGAAGAAGACCACUACCAAGGCUACCAAGGCCGACAUGGCAUGCCGCCAAUAUCUCCUUCUCGCCCAGACCAAGGCCUCCUCCGCCAAGCGGCCAGUAGGCGUGGAGGCGGAGUCUAGCCCCCGCUCCAGUUCGAGCUCCUCGCAGAGCUCGUCUUCCCCAGAGCUCCCGGCGCCACGGGAAGUGGAGGAGGACACGGAAAACCUCGUCCACCCCCCUCAAAUCAAGGAGCCAGAAUUGCUGGAAGUGGUGGCUGAUAUAGGAAGGGCUGCCGCGGAUGAGGCCACAGAGAUUGCUGCUGCUAAGGGACAGGAUCUUGCUGCCGGGGAUGCGCAGAGCUCCUUGGCGGUGAUGGAGUAUUCUCCAGGGGACGUCCCGGUAGAGGGAGUGGUCGUCUAG